AUGACUGAACAGUCGGCCGAUACACCCCAUCAAGCCUUCCGAGAAUCUUUGGAAGGUCAGAUUGUCACUAUUCCUAGCAUCUACAAACUACUUCCCGAAUGGCAGCCAAAUCUUCAUGAAGACUAUGAGCGGGCACGUGAGGAAGAGCUUGAUCCUUGGAUUCGGAGAUGGGUGCCAGAUGAGCGGACGGCUCGAUCCCUUUGUGCGGCCGACUUUGGUCGUUUUGCUGGGGUUUGGGUGCCAGGCUGUCAGCCUUAUCGGGUUCUUUGCACUGCUGCGAAGUAUUUUGCUUGGUAUUUUGUAUAUGACGACAUUUUUGACUGCGGUUCAUUGAAACAUGAUCAGCAGGCUGCCGAGACCUAUAGGCAAGCGAGUCUUCAAUAUUUCAACUUCACCUUGCUCGGAAAGGGCGAUCAGCCAGACCUUUCACAGUUCGACGAUGAGCUUCAGAAGGCUUUGCAUUGCUGGGAUGAGGUCGGAGAGCAUAUACGUGAAGUCUGUUCCGAAGAGACGCGCGAAGUGCUGUGUGACGAGAUGCUCAGAUAUGUGGGGAGCCUGAACAAUAUCGACAGCAUUUUCAGAGAAAACGAAAUGCCUUCAGUUGAAGAAUAUUGGAGCCGGCGUGAGGCCACUGCUGCCGUUUAUUGCGUGGUUGCAACCGUUCCCUUCAUUUACGGAGUCGACAUUCAAAAAUCCGAUGUCAAUAUUCCAGCUAUGCGAGAUCUAUGGAAGCACACCUCUUAUUUUGUUCAUAUAUCAAAUGAUAUGUUCUCUCUGCGAAAAGAACUGGCAGAUGAUCAAAUCGAGAACCUGGUCCCCGUGCUGAUGUUGAACCGUGGAAUUGACUGCAACACUGCAAUGCAACAGAGCUACGAGCUACUCCAUGCUACAGCAAAGGGUCUCCAACGCGCGGAGUCAAACCUGUCUGACAGCCCUCAGCAGGUAUCACCUAAGAUCUCGACGGCGUUCGUUCAAGGCUGCUUUGAUACAGCAAUGGGUCUUGCUCAUUGGAGUUACUGUGGCGCCCGGUACUUCAAACCUUCGGAGCGGGAAGACGGACAUGUCAUCAAGUUUACGAUUCAGGGACACAAACGGCAAAAGGACGACAUGAUAUCAACCAAGGAGGUUCAAAAGACGGCCGGUCUCGCCACCUGGUAUCGCUUCCUACCAUUUGGAGUUCUCUUGAUUGCCCCGAAGAUCUACUCACUGGUUGCAUCUACCACCCUCCGUUGGGUGCCUCGUGGAUGGAUUGGAAUAUGGAGCAAGUCGCCUUCGCAUUAA